CGGUAAUGAUGAUGUGUCUAAUAAAACUCAACUGACGGACUCACUGUGGACAGAGUCAGAACCUGGAUGCACGACACAAAUAUGGCAGAAGAAGAAGAAUACAUGGCAGAAGAAGAAGGUGAUUUCCCUGAGUUGGAGGACAUGGCUGAUAUGGCAGACUUUGCGGAUAAUGCUAUGAAUGUGGCCGGUAGAGUCGGAGGGUUCAUUUCAAAAGUUCUCCCACAACGACAAUGUUCCAUUAAAAUAAAAAAUAAUACUUCAGCAUUUAUCCUGCGCAACCCAAGAGUGCACAUUGAUACUGGAGUCUGUGCAGAGCCCUUAGCCCUCACCAUCAAACCCUCCUCUUCUGGAGAGGGGCUCUUCACCAAGUCCCGCGGUUCUAUGCGAGGGUCAGGGGGCGUGUUCACGUACGACCUGUACCACCACCAAAACUGUGUUGGGAAGAUGGCCGCUCUCUUCAAGGUGCCUUAUGACCUCAACCUCAAAUCUAUUGUGUUUGCCAUAGGCGUUUUUGACAGCGACACUAAGUGUGACAAACACCUGUUUCAUCUCAUGUUCACCAAAAAACAGGACAACUUUAUGAGAGAUAAAGCGACUGGGUCCUGUGUCACAAUAGAGAGUCCCCUUGUCACUGUUAGCGCCAACAUGUCCAACACUGACAACACUGUCAUGAAAAUUGAAAUAAGUGAUUAUAAUUAAUAAUUUUAUCUGAAUUUUUUUCUUGAUAAAUGGUUGAUAUUUAUCAAAAGGCAACUAGCAAUUUUGUAUUUAUGUUUGUGAGGUAAAAUGGUUUGCCUGGGAAAUGUAAACACUUGAAGAAUAAACUUGAGUCUGUCAUGUUGAUUUUUUGCACGUUGGAAUGACAAAUAAAGAACCUCAAGCUGUGAA